UCGAUCGUAGUUGGUAAUGGAUCGGCGAGCGAAGGGGAAAAAAAUGUCUUUUUAUUUAAGCCCGAUCCUUUGUUGCCCCCUCAAGAAUCGUCGGAUCUGAGAGAGAUCGAGUGCGAUUUCGUCGCGCCUCGCUCGCUGUUCCCCUUUAGAUCCGAGGUUUUGUUCGUGUUCCCUUCAGGUGUGAUGGGGUUCAUGUCCUUCGCCGGGAGAGUCCUCUUCGCCUCCGUCUUCCUCCUGGCCGCCUACCAGGAAUUUAGUGAAUUCGGAGUUGAUGGUGGACCAGCCGCAAAAGCUCUCAAACCCAAGUUUGAUCUUUUGAUGAAACAUGUUUCUUCACAUUUUGGCUGUUCAGCACCUCAUGUGCAAAUGAGGCACAUUGUUGCUGGUCUAAUUUUUCUAAAAGGUCUUGGGGGCCUGCUGUUCAUCUUCAGCAGCUCUUUUGGAGCUUAUCUGCUGAUUCUUUUCCUAGCAUUCACUACUCCUUUCAUUUACGACUUCUACAACUAUGACAUCGAGAAGCCAGAAUUCAUGCAGCUUUUCAGCAAGUUUAUUCAGAAUUUGGCACUUCUCGGAGCACUACUUUUUUUCCUGGGCAUGAAAAACUCCAUUCCAAAGCGGCAGAAGAAAAAGGUUACCAAGGCGAAAGUGAACUAGGUAGUGUGUUCACAGUUUGUGCCAUUUUUCCACCUGUUGUGGAGACUAGGGACACAAUAUCAUCAUCAUUUAUCUAAAUGUAGUUCUGUUUGUGUGGUACCGUCAUAGUUGAGUUGAAUUGGCUUGAGAAACUAGAGAUUAAAUUUUUCGUGGUUCA